AAACCCAAAGAAGAAAGAGGAAGUAGAUUUGGAGACUAAUUUGUUUUGGUUAUGAACAUUCCUUGCGGAUUCAAUACCUACUGACUGGACGGAAUAGGCCGACUACCCACCUCACUCAGUCGAAAAUGUCUAAACUACAGUCGUUUCGUGUGUUUUUAAAUGAGCGUUUAACGGCGGCUGCCCUGGAGAUUUUCGUGGCAGUUGAGAAAACGGUGGCAGAGUACAAGGAGGAGAAUGAUCGGCUACGGAGACUGCUGCGGAUCACACCGAAGAUAAAACUAAGUAGAAUUGACUCCCUGCAGCUCUCGCUUGCUGUCUCUGAAGAGGUUCCCUUUGAGCAGCAGCACUGUGAGCAGGAGUGGAGCACAAGACUGGGGCAGGAGGAUCCAGAGCCCACACAGAUUAAAGAGGAACAGGAGGAAGUCUGUACCAGUCAGGAGAAAGAGACGCUUCAAGGGAUGGAGGCUGAUAUCAUAGAGUUCAAAUUCACUCCUUGUGUGAAAAGUGAAUGUGAUCAGGAGGACACACUUCAGUCCUUGACUCUUCCCCAAACCCAAACUGUGGAGAACAGAGAUAGUGACUCUAAACUAGUGGAUCUCAAACCUUUUGGCAAUGUGACUCAACCAAAUAAUCAAAACAAUGACUCCAGCCACACCACGUCUAUAAAAACUCAACGCUGCCGUGACUGUGGUGAAACAUUUGCUUUGAAAGCUGACCUGCAGAGGCAUUUGACUCUCACUAAGAUGAGACCCAAGGAAUGCAGAUUCUGCAAAAAACACUACAACUCCACCUGUAAACUGAAGGCCCAUGUCCGACUCUGUCACGUGGAUAAACCCUGCUCCAUUUGUGGCAAGACCUUCAAAUACAAAGGGGUUCUGUCCAGGCACAUGAGGACUCAUACAGGAGAGACAGGAGAGAAACCAUUUAGUUGUGGUGACUGCGGGAAAAGCUUCAAACGCAAGCAGCAUCUAACCAACCAUGUACGGACUCACACAGGAGAAAAACCAUUCAGCUGUGGAGACUGUGGUAAAAGCUUCAUUCAGAAGGGACAUCUAACCGAACAUAUUCGAACCCAUACAGGAGAGAAACCAUUUAGCUGUGAUGACUGUGGGAAAAAAAGCUUUAAUCAGAAGUGGCUCCUAACCGAACAUAUACGGACUCAUACAGGGGAGAAACCAUUUAACUGUAGUGACUGCGGGAAAAGCUUUAGUUACAAGGGGGACUUAAGGAGGCAUAUGCUGACUCACACAGGAGAGAAACCAUUUAGCUGUGGUGACUGCGGAAGAUGUUUCAAUCAUAAGGGGCACCUAAGGAAGCAUAUAUUGACUCACACAGGAGUGAAACCAUUUAGCUGUGGUGACUGUGGGAAAAGCUUCAAUCAGAAGGCAGCCCUAAAGACACACAUACUGACUCACACAGGAGUGAAACCAUUUAGCUGUGGUGAUUGCGGGAAAAGCUUCUAUCAGAAGGGACACCUGAAUGAACAUAUUCGGACUCACACAGGAGAGAAACAACAUGUCUGCUCAGUAUGUGGUAAAGGAUUCACUCAGAAGGCUCAUCUGGUGAGGCAUAUAAAUAACGUCCACAAAGAAAGGAAACAGGACGAAAACAGGAAAUAAGAAAGAAAUUAGGAGAAAGAUCUUUUGUCAGAUUAAAAAGGCAGUAUGUGGACAGGACAACACUCCUAGGAAAACACAAAGAAAAGCAAAAUAAGUGUGGGUCAUUCAUGCUGUAGGUUUCAGAUAAAUAGAGGAAUGAUAUUUUGUCGGCCUACAAUUGGGGUAAGGGUAGCGACCAUAGUGCCACCACUACCAACCUUGUUAGCCUAAUGGUUUUGGACCUCUGGUGUAAUAUUUGAGGGGUUUGACUGAUAGUCGCAGGAACUGAGUUUGAGUCCUGGUAUUUUUUACCAUGUCAUUCUUAAUCCAGAGGUCUUUGGUGGCUCAGAUUGCUUAUCUAGCUAAAUAUAUUGUUCUGAACUGUUUGAUUUGUCUUCCUAAUCAUGUUUCUUUAACUUUAAAUAUAUAUUAUUUAUAACCACAGUAAGGAAAGGUGAUAGAUAGCCUAUGGAUAUUUUGCUCUGAACUUGCCACCCGAAGCAAUUUUGGUCAGGGACCAUAUUUUAGUCCUGUUUUAGGCCUCUCAAAUAUGUACAAAUACAUCAUACAACGGAGCAUAUGUAUUCCAUUCUCUGUAUAGUGAACAGAAGAUUGCUGUUCAAGGUCAUGUAUAUUAAAAUGUAGAGGAAAAUAAAGUGCUUGCUAAAUGCUGAUGGAGUGCUGAACUGCCGAAUAGAGAUACCCUGUUAAUUCUAUCCAUCAUUUUUAGUGAGCCUAAAACACGAUUUACUCUAAAAGCAUUUGUCUAAUUCAAUUUGUGCAAUCAAAAUGUUUUACUCUUAACUAUUAUCCAUGAGUGCUGUAGCUAUGCAAAGGUAUUCCUGUGUUAAACAUUACAGCAGCCAUUUGGCAUAGACUUAAUUUUAUCUGAUUUCAAGGGCAGAAGCAAACCAAAAAAGCAACUUAUUAAGGGUAAAUGGCAAUGUGUGCAACAGCGUGAGAGUUGUCCUACUUUCGAAAACACAAAUGCUGUUUAUUACGUGCCACAUCAGGCUUGUUGUUUGGGGGCUUACAGUAAUUCUGUAAAAUUACCUAUGUGACAAUAUAUUUUUUUUGUUGCCUGCC